CGUGGCAACGUCGCAUUGGUGUCUUGACGCGCGGCCGUCUUACCAUUACAGUAAAUGGAGGAGUCGCGUACCGACACACUUAUUCACGUUCUACUACCCUUAAUCGUUAAGUUAUGGCAUUGAACUUGCUAGUGAAUCAUGCCAGAUAGAUGUGUUGUUCCUGGAUGCAAGAGCAAUUACGAGAGCUCGAUUAAAACUGAAGGAUACACGCAGUGUUUUGUGUUUCCAAGUGAUCCGGUGCGUAAACAACAGUGGAUUCGCGCUAUUCCUCGUUCAGAUUGGACACCUUCAAAGAGGUCUCGUGUCUGCGUGAAACAUUUUCACAAAGAUGACCUUAGUUUAGUAGAAAAGUACAAGAAUAAAGACGGUGAUUGGUGCGAAUAUAGACGUGAGAAGCCAGUUUUAGGUGAGAAUGCUGUGCCUAGGAUUUUUCCUAAUUUACCUGCGUAUCUUAGUGACACACGAAAAACGACAAAGAGAAAGACUCCUGAAGAAAGAAGGCAAGAGGAAUGUAACAGGAUAAAAAAGAGUCAAAAGGAUGAAGAAAUUCGACUAACAAAGGAAAACGAAGUCGGGGACUUUACUUCAUUUUGCAACAACCUUCCUUCUAAAAUUGACUGCAGUAAGUUAUCUGUUUUUAAGAAUGAUAACUGUUGUAUUGUUUAUGAUAUUGAUAUUUCUAAGGCACCUAAAAUAACUUUCAGUAUCAGAGUAAAUAAGGACCUUAGUAUUGAAGUGCACAAAAACGGGGGCAUUAUUCCCAAUAAAAAUGUAUUGGAUGAAAAAAGUACCGCCCCACUUUUACCUACUUCUAUCUUGGAAAAGUGGAGUCAAUUUGUAGAGCUUAUUAAAUUUUGUAAGAACUCGCAAAACCUAAGAAGCAAUAAGAAUUCAUUAAUUAAAACUAUCGAUACAACAUUUGAUGAUUUAAUUAAUAUUUUAGAGGAAGAGCAAGAUGAAAACACAAGUUGUAAAAAUAAAGAUCCAUUACAAAUUCUCAAGAAUUUAUGAGAUCAGUUUACCUUGGUAUUUUUGAAUAAGCCUAAGUAUACAGUUGAAACUGUAUUAAGAGCAUUUUUAAUAUACAUGCAAUCUGCUAAAUGUUAUAAUAGCAUAAGAUUGAAUAACAUCCUAUGUCUACCUCACCCUAGAUAUUUAGAAAAAAUGUGCACUUCUUUUAAUGUAUCAACUACUAAUGAAGACGGGACAAACAAUUUGUUUAAACAUCUUGUUAAAGACUUGACAGCAAUUCAGAAAUAUGUUAAUAUUC